GCUGAGGUGCAGACAGCCAUGGACACGGAGAGUGGCGAGCUCAGGAGCGACUUUCGGCGAAGUGCCCCAGGUGAAGUUCGUGAAGGAGCUGAGGUCAAGAAGCCCAGGGUAGCAAGCAUUGGGCAUCUCUCUGUUUGUGAGUUGGCAGUCUGCGAGGAGGGCUACGACGAGAGCUUCGACCCCAUGUGGGAUCCACACCCAAAGCGCAGUGCGAGAUGUUCCGAGAGGUGUGAGAAGCACUCGUCACGAUGCCAGCUACGAGAAUGCCACCAAGCUGAGUGUGCAUGCAGGAGAUGUUUGAUGAGCCACAUCGGCACAAUCAGGAGCCACUUCGGAGAUCCUGAGGAUCAGCAGGUGGAGCAGAUGGUUGAGGUGAGCGCCGAGCUGCAUGAGAAAGACCAGUGGAGCCCAAAGACGAUACACUACGAUUAUUAUACUGGAGAGCCUCUGGAUGAGGACCUGUAUCAGAAGGGUCGCGACGACGAGCUGCAGGCCAUGAAAGACUACGGGGUCUACGUGGAAGUGGCGACAUCGACGGCGACUGACGGCAAGCACAUUGGAGGUUUCCCGAUAGCCCACAUGAAAGAAGGAAAAGUCAGGUGGAGGUUCGUAGCAACCGAGGUGAACAAGUACGAGGUCAGGGAGGACAACCACCAAGGCACGCCCCCGCUCAUGAUUGUCAGAGCGACGCUGAGCCGUGCCGCUUCAAGUCCAACUUCCAGCGGGCAGCACCUGCGGAAGAUACAAGUCUGGGACGUCAGGAAGGCUUUCUUCAAUGCUGACUUAGACGAGACGAUCUACGUGCAUCCUGGGAGAGAGCUGUGUCCGCCUGGAAGGUGCUGGUGGUUACGCAAGGCCAUGAACGGUACCAGGAAGGCGUCGCAGAUGGGGGGUGAGCUUGUGAGAACUACUAUGGACGACGGCCAUUGGGAAUGCUUGGUUGGAACUCCUAACGUGUUCUACUUACCUGCUAGCCCCAACACAGCCCCCUUCGACGAGGAUAGCACAGCGAUCUGCCAUGGUGAUGACUUUCUUGCUGAAGGCUACGACGAGCAGCUGGACGAGCUGGACGAGUUGUUGAAGCAGCAGUUUGAGGUCACGGCCAGCGCCAGACUUGGACCAGGAGCGGUGGGGCAGACUACAUACCUCAAGAGGACGAUCGGCUACACCGACAAGUUGCCAGGUUGCGAGGAGCCAGGUUUCUUCUGGACUGCCGAUCCCAAGCAUGUGGACUUCAUGAUCAAGUGGACGCAGAAGCGAGGUUGUAAACCAGCUCCUACUCCAGGAACGAAAGCUACAGGACAAGGCCGACGAGACAGUUUAGACCUUCUUUCCAAGGAUCGUGCUCGAGAAGUGGCGGGUGCAGCAGGCACCGCUCUUUACCUUUCUUCGGACAGGCCCGACACGAUGUACGCCAGCAAGACAGCGAUGCAGCACGUCUCCAACCCGAACGUCUUGAUGCAUGCGCGUGUUCAGCGACUUGGAAGGUACUACGAAGGACAGCCUGUUUUGGUCUGGUGUUACCCACUUCAAGGUACUCCUGAAGGCAUUCGUGUAGAUGGUGAUGCGGAUUGGGCACCUACGAGUGAACUACAGCGGCGAUCUACCAGUGGAGGAGCUGUGAGGUAUGGCGACCACACUUGGGACUGCUACUCAGUGACGCAGAGUACGAUAGCCCUAAGUUCAGGGGAAUCCGAGAUGUAUGCUACGGGAAGUGCGACAGCCAGAGGACUUCAGUGUAAGACUUACCUGAUCGAGACCCAGAGGCCCUGCAACCUGAAGAUCUAUAGUGACAGCACAGCUGGACGUGGCAUGUGCAGCCGAGUUGGGGUGGGCAAGGUCAGGCAUCUGGAGCUGAGGUACUUGUGGAUUAAGGAGCGGUUGCGUCUCAAGGCGUUCGAGCUUCACAAGGAGGACACCAGCAAGAUGACAGCCGACAUGCUCACGAAGUACAGCGAGUGGCCGACAAUCGAGAAGCAUUGCACCACUCUCAACCUCAGGUUCGGAAAGCAGAUGACGGGCUUGAGCGCACUGGCAGUUUUCACGGAGGUCGUGACGAAGGCGUCAGGCGAGAAGGUGACAGUGUACGGAGGAUCUGACGAGGACAAAGGUGCAAGGCACAAGCUCUUAAAUACGUUUCUUGUGGCUGAGCUGCGAGCUGUCUUGAAGGCCAAGAGCCUGGCCGUGUCAGGGAUCAAAGAAGACCUGGUCACGAGGAUGAUCAAGCACGGAGGUGUUCUGUCGGAUCGCCAGGCCAAGGAGAUCGAGCAGCUGCGGGUGAUGGCUACAGCGCAUGGACCUCUUGCCAAGCUUAGCUUGCAGGACAUCAGCAGUCCAGAGGCUGCGCAGAAGUGGAUCGAGACGUUCAAGGGCGAGUGCCGAGACCGUUCCAGAGGCUCUCAGGUGAUCCACGGAGAGGGCUAG